AACAGAAAAUGUGAGUAGUGAAAUCAGAGGUGUACGUAAUGAUCUCCCUCUCAAAGAAAAACGUCCAUAGCCUCUAUAGGCUAUGUCUGACUGAUUGACCAACAGACUGACUGACUGAAUGGGAUGAAUUAAUUAAUUUGGGUAGAGUAUGCUGUAACAUUACAAACAAAUAGGGCCUAACCUAAAAUUAGUUAACCUUUCAAAAACACCACUAGUAUAGGCUAUCAAAGAGAUGUAACCAAAUUAUUGUUCAAAACACUGAUUUCUUUGUAGACUAAGACUACAGGUAAAAUCCCACAACAUAAACUAAUAUUUUGUGUGCAUAGUUUAGCUGGGGAGGAGAGGGAGGCGGGACUAGCUACCUUGACUGACGCUGACAUCAUCGAAUCACCGCCCCGUUUGCUGUUUCCUGUUCCAACACCAAACAACCUAUAACAACACAUGUGAACGGCUAAUCUGACGUCUUCAGGCAAAAAUGCCACAAACGGUCAACUGUAACUUCUAAAUAUUCAGUCAAAAUGGUUUGGAUCAGUAGGAUUUGUUACCGGAAGUAUGGUAACUUUGUGGACAACCUGCGUUUGUAUGUGCGAGGGGGAAGUGGGGGGAUGGGGCUUCCCCGUCUGGGGGGUCAGGGAGGGAAAGGGGGAGACGUGUGGGUGGUGGCUCAGAAGGAGAUGACGCUGAAGAGGGUCAAGGAUAAGUACCCCCAGAAACGCUUCAUCGCUGGAGUAGGAACCAACAGCAGUGUCCGUGCUCUGAGGGGGCAGAAAGGAGAGGACCAAGAAGUCCUGGCUCCUCCUGGCAUUACUGUCACCAACGAUGAUGGAAAGGUCCUCAGUGAGCUGAACACUGAGGGGGAUCGUGUGCUGGUGGCCAGAGGGGGUCAAGGAGGCUCCUACCACUCAGAGUUCCUGCCCAGUAAGGGCCAGACUAGACAGAUACGACUGGACCUCAAACUCAUCGCUGACCUCGGCCUGGUGGGGUUCCCCAAUGCAGGAAAGUCCUCUCUACUGACCGCCCUGUCUCACGCCAAACCCCAGAUUGCCAGCUAUGCCUUCACCACUCUGAGACCGGAGAUUGGCAAGGUCAUGUAUGAAGACCAUAAACAGAUCUCAGUGGCAGACCUCCCAGGGCUGAUAGAGGGGGCCCACAUGAAUAGAGGCAUGGGCCACCAGUUCCUCAAACACGUGGAGAGGACCAGACAGCUGCUCUUUGUGGUGGACGUUUGUGGUUUCCAGCUGGCAAGCAAAACGCCCUUUAGGUCUGCUUUUGAGGCUGUUCAACUUUUAAUUAAAGAGUUGGAGCUGUAUAAGGAGGAUCUCCCGUGUAAGCCUGCUGUGUUGGUGGUCAAUAAGAUGGACCUGCCUGAUGCAGAGGACAAACUCACAGAGCUGCAGGAGCAACUCCUAAACCCACAUGAGUUCUCCCACCUGUUACCUGACGAUAUGGUUCCUAAGAACAACAUGGAUUUCAGACACGUGGUUCCUAUCUCAGCUGCCACCGGUUUUGGCAUCGCACACCUCAAGACCUGUAUCCGCCAAUCAUUAGACAAGGAUGCCUCUAUGGCAACGGAGUCCCAGCACUGUGAUAGGCUACAGGCGCUGAGAGGGGCGGUCCCAGCCAAGAACACACUCACAUGGGGCCCCACCGCCUCAGUUUGAGCUGAACUGUGGAACAUUCAGGGUUAAUAUGUUCUGCAGUUUUGAAAAAGGGUUUGAACUUGAUUCAUGUUCACUCAGCCUGGAAUGUUUUCAAUAUUGUGGAAGUCAGGGUGAUGUUCCUACCUAUCAUACCCUAGGUAGGAUGACUCCUCGACAUUCAUCCUGGCUCUGCACCCCUGGACAGAGUUAGAGGUCGAGAAAGAGGGCUGACAAAAAGGGGGGGAAGUACGCUUGUGUUUUUCUGCUGGAUGUUGUCUCUGACUGUUUGCUUGAUGUAAUAUGUUGCUUUUCCACCAUGUAGUAAUACAUGUUCAUUAAUGCUGCCUCCUUUAGCAAUAACCUUAAGGGAAACUAAACAUACAUACACAGAAAAUAUCGAUGAAAGUUUUAUUUUAUAUUAAAUAUAUUACAAUACUGAAUGAUAUUGUAAGAAAAGAAAAAAAAAUAUGGGCAUUGAUUUUGCAUUGUCAGUCUAUGUACAGCAUAUAGUAAAAUAAAAGUGCAGUAAUUAUAGUGGGGUCUUAAUGAUUGACACCCUCCAUAAAGAUGAGCAAUAAUGAUUGUAUGAAGUAAUUCAAAUAUUGAGCUAUAUUGUUUUUUUUUUUUAAAGGGGGAAAUUAUUGAUUUAUACUAAUACAGUGAGAGAUUGUUUAACAAGUAAUAUGUAUUUUUCUCAAAAAGGAAUGCCAAAAUUGACACCCCUAAAGAUUCUUAGAAAUAAAGUCAGUCAAAAGUUUAUUUGGUCCCAUAUUCCCAGCAUGCAAUGACAUGUUUUGUUGUUGUUGUUGCAUCCAACAAGUUUUUAGAGUCAUUGUAGUCAUUGGUGUAGUCAUUGUGUGCUAGGAAUAUGGGAUCGAAUAUGAAACUUUUGACUACUUUAUAAGAACCCUUUGGCGUUUCAAUCAUUUUGACCCCUACCUUU